AUGAAGCAGAGGUUUUCGUCUUUGGAUGUCAAGGUCAUCUCCCUCGAGCUCAACGCCGCGCUGACCGGCCUGCGCGUCUCGAAUAUCUACGAUCUUUCUUCGCGCAUCUUCCUCUUCAAACUUGCCAAACCGGACCAUCGCAGACAGUUCAUUGUCGACUCCGGUUUCCGAUGUCAUCUCACCGAGUAUUCGCGCACCACCGCGAGCGCGCCCUCCGGCUUCGUGAGUCGCUUGCGCAAGUUCCUCAAGACGAGACGGGUGACUUCCGUUUCUCAGAUCGGGACCGAUAGAAUCAUCGACAUUGUCUUCAGCGAUGGCCUUUACCACUUGUUUCUCGAAUUCUUCGCCGGCGGUAACAUCAUUCUCACGGACGGUGAUUACAAGAUCGUCGCGCUCUUCCGCCAGGUGCCUGCCGGUGGCGAUCAGGAGGAAGUCAAGGUCGGAUUGAACUAUACGGUCACAAAUAAGCAGAAUUACCAUGGAGUUCCUGAGUUAUCUCAGGAGCGGUUGAAACAGACGCUACAAAAGGCGAUCGAGGCGGAAGCUGCGGAGACUGCGCCCAAGAAGACGAAAAAGAAGCAGGGAGAUUAUUUGAGGAAGGCAUUGUCGCAGGGCUUCCCAGAAUUUCCCCCGCUGCUGCUGGACCAUGCGAUUGCGGGCAGAGAGCUUGAUUCCGACAUACGCCCUGAGCAGGUCCUGGAGGACCAGCAUCUUCUCGAAAAGGUCAUGGAGGUGUUGGAGGAAGCCGAUACAAUCAGGAAACAGCUUUCUGUGGGCGAUAAACAUCCAGGGUAUAUAGUGGCAAAGGACGACGGCAAGUCGGCGGAGCAGCAAGCCUGGGAGGAUUCCUCUGCUUCAAAGCAGAAGAAACUGCUGUACGAAGACUUUCAUCCCUUCAAGCCUCGACAGUUUGAAGGCAAGCCCGGGUUCACGAUCUUGGAGUUCGACAGGUUCAACAACACAGUUGACGAGUAUUUCUCGUCGAUCGAGUCGCAGAAGCUAGAAUCUCGGCUGACAGAGCACGAAGAAGCUGCGAAAAGGAAGCUGGAGGCGGCCAGGAUCGAGCAUGAGAAGCGCGUCGGGGCUCUCAAGCAGGCGCAAGAGCUUCACAUCCGCAAAGCAGAAGCGAUCGAGGCCAACGUGUAUCGGGUCCAGGAGACCAUAGACGCCGUCAACGGACUUAUUGCUCAAGGCAUGGACUGGGUGGAAAUCGCACGGCUGAUCGAGAUGGAGCAGGGCAGAAACAACCCGGUCGCGAAGAUCAUCAAGCUUCCUUUGAAACUUCACGAGAAUACAAUAACACUGGUCCUAGGAGAAGCCACGUAUGAGGCGGAGGAGGAUGAAGAUGAAGCCUACGACUCUGACUCGGAAGAAGAAGAUUCCGAGGACGACAGCGAUAUCGAAGCAAAGCGGGAAGCAGCACAACGCCCUUCUCGAACACUGGAGAUCGAUAUCGAUCUGGGUCUAUCGCCAUGGGCCAAUGCUACCCAGUACUACGAACAGAAGAAGGCUGCGGCGGUGAAAGAGCAAAAGACGAUCCAGUCGUCUGAGAAGGCGCUCAAGAGUCAGGAAAAGAAAGUCACCGAGGAUCUUAAGCGUAAUCUCAAACAGGAGAAGCAAAUUUUGAGGCCAGCGCGGAAGCCUUUCUGGUUUGAGAAGUACAUGUUCUUCAUCUCUUCUGACGGUGCUAAUUUGUUUCAUGUCGUCCUGUCCACUAAUCGAGAAAACAGUGGUCGCGACACGCACCAGACUGAAGUCCUUUACAGACGUUAUCUCAAAAAGGGAGACGUUUUCGUCCAUGCUGAUAUUGACGGAGCCACUCCAGUCAUUGUGAAGAAUAGGCAGGGGACGCCCGAUGCACCAAUCCCUCCAGGGACCCUGUCGCAGGCAGGGAGUCUUUCGGUCGCCACUUCAAAGGCGUGGGAGUCGAAGGCACUGAUGCCCGCGUGGUGGGUUCAUGCACACCAAGUGUCGAAGACGAACGAAAGAGGAGAGCUCCUGGCCACCGGGGGCUUUGUGAUCAAUGGCGAGAAGAACUACCUCGCGCCUAGCCAGCUGGUUCUCGGAUUCGCAGUCAUGUUCCAGAUCAGCAAGGAAAGCAUCCCGAACCAUCGAAAACACCGUCUUCAGGAGCCAGAAGAAGCAAAAGAACCAGCCACGGAUGCAAAUGAGACUCCUAAGGCUGAGACUGGGGACCUGUCUCAGCAGGAGGCAGAUGCCAAGACGCCUGAGGAUCAGGGUAUAGAUGGAGCUGUUGAACAGACUGCGGACGGGAAUGAUCAAGGAGCCGACAAAGAAGAGAGCGAAAGCUCAGAUUCCGACAGUGACAAAGAUGAAGACGAUGCAGCUCCUAGGUCUAACCCACUCCAAACAGAAGGUCCAACAGCCACUGAAGAAGCAACCGCCGCGAAGGAAGGCGACGUGCAAGACGGAGAGAAAUCGGAUGGCGAAGACGAGCAAGAACACGCCUCCCAGAACGAGGGCAAUGAGGCAACUGGAGACGACGGCACUUCUGUUGCAGAGACGGUUGACUCCUCCACUCCACAGCGCCCACUAGGCAAGAGAUACCUCUCUGCUCGUGAGAGGAGACUGCUAAAGAAAGGAAAACCCCUCGAGUCGCCCGCAUCGACCAAAGAAACUACUCCCACUCCUCCACCUUCUACUACUAACGACGACAACACUCCUUCCGGGUCUACGACACCCCAUCAACAACAACAACCAGCAAAACCAACCCCAGCCGCUGCUGCUGCCACAUCCGUCCGCGGCAAAAAGGGCAAGGCGAAGAAGGCGGCUCAGAAAUACGCGGACCAGGACGAGGAAGAGCGCGAGCUCGCCCUCCGGUUGCUAGGAUCCAACGCCAAAGCCAGCAAGGCGGCCGAAGCAGCCGCCGCCAAAGCGAAACGGGAAGCCGAACUCGAGGCGCAGAAACAGCGUCGGCGGGCACAGCACGACCGCGCCGCGGAAGCCGAACGCAAACGCCUCGCACAAUUACAGCACGCAGAGGCAGCAGCAGAAGACGACUACGACGAAGAGACAGCCAAGGCGGAGGCAGAGGACCUAUCCUGGCUACCAGCGCUAGUCGGCACCCCACUGCCGGAAGACGAAGUGCUAUUCGCGAUCCCCGUCUCGGCGCCCUGGGCCGCCCUGGGCCGGUACAAGUACCGCGCCAAACUGCAACCGGGCAGCGUGAAGAAAGGCAAAGCCGUCAAGGAGAUCCUAGGCCACUGGAUCGCGGAAGCGAGCGGUAGCAGCACCGGCGUGGGCAAGAAGGCGAUUGCGGAAGAUGUUGCCAACGGCCUGGACCGCGCGACGGCGGAGAGGAUGCGUGCGCGCGAGGCAGAACUGCUCAAGACAUGGCGGGAUGUGGAGAUUGUGAACACGCUGCCUGUCAGCAAAGUGCGGAUUGUCUCUGGUGGUGGUGCUGGUGCUGGCGGCGGUGGUGGUAAAGGUGAGGGUAAAGGCGAGGGUAAAGGAGGGAAAGGAGGAAAAGGUGACAGUAAACAGAAAGGAGGCAAGGGAGGGAAGAAGAAGUAA